AUGACCUUAAAUCUUUGUGUACUGACUCCUAAUCGAAUUGUUUGGGAUUCAGAAGUAAAAGAAAUCAUUUUAUCUACUAAUAGUGGGCAAAUUGGCGUAUUACCAAAUCACGCGCCUAUUGCCACCGCUGUAGAUAUAGGUAUUUUGAGAAUACGCCUUAAUGACCAAUGGUUAACGAUGGCUCUAAUGGGUGGUUUUGCUAGAAUAGGCAAUAAUGAAAUCACUAUUUUAGUAAAUGAUGCCGAGAAGAGCAGUGACAUCGAUCCACAAGAAGCUCAGCAAACUCUUGAAAUAGCGGAAGCUAACCUGAGGAAAGCUGAAGGCAAGAGACAAACAAUUGAGGCAAAUCUAGCUCUCAGACGAGCUCGGACACGAGUCGAGGCUAUCAAUGCGAUUUCGUAA